AUGGAUAUUCAUAGUAAUCAUGGUGCAACUUCUGAAGGGAUUCUUGAGAAUGUAUGGGCCAAAAUUAUGAGCAGUGAUAGAGCAGAUGGAAGAAAAGGUGAUGCAGCAGAAUCUUCUAACUCUUGGGAAGAACUUCCUAACCUUGAUGGAAGAGAAGGGUCCAUGGAAAUUCUACAAAGACUUCCAAGUUUAGGGAGGUGGAUAUCAAUGGGAGCUGAUUUCUGGGAAGAAGUUUUAGAUGGUAUUGUUCUACCAAACACAACCAAUACAGAAGAUUCUAGCAACAACAAUUUGGAAAUUGGAGGUGCUGAUGAACGUACUAACAGGAUGGAAGAUGCUGUGAGAACAGAGAAGGCAGUUACAAAACACUACAGAGGAGUAAGGAGAAGGCCUUGGGGUAAAUAUGCUGCAGAGAUUAGAGACUCAUCCAAGAAAGGUGCAAGAGUUUGGCUUGGAACAUUUGACACGGCUGAAGAAGCUGCUUUGGCUUAUGACAAGGCUGCUUUGAAGAUUAGGGGUCCAAAGGCAUACCUUAACUUCCCACUUGAGAGGGUUACAAAGGCUUUAGGAUGUAACAACAAAGGAACUCAUCUUACUUGCACGUGCAUAGGUAACAAAGAAAAUUUGAUCAACUCCAGGAAGAGAGAAUCAAGGGAAAGGGAAGUGUUUGAUGAUGAUACGAUGAAUGAACAACCUGCAAGAAAAAAGCUGGAAUGCAUGGUAGAAAAUGAACUAGGUGUUUUUGUAUUUCAGGACCUGGGAACUGAUUACUUGGACAGUUUGCUGUCUUCUUUUUGA